GAGUAUAAUCUUGACUGUUCUUAUUUUUGCACGAUAUUUGAAAAUAUUGCACUGGUAUCCCUAAGGCCAAAUGUCAUGUCAUGACAUUAGACUUGCACAUUACAUAUGGACUGUGAUCCUACCGUAUAGUAAAUAAAAUUAUCAAUAAAUCCACAAAACUGUGAGUGAAUACAUGUUACGAUAGUGCCAUAUCGCGAUGGCGACUCCUGCGGACGUGCGUGCGGCGUUCGAAGCCAAGUUGAAAGAAGGAAUCCCCAAUCCUCCAGGCGAGUUUCAUCCUCUAGACUUGGAAAGAGUGAAGGACGAUAAAUACUUAACAAGGUUGUUAUUACACCAUGAUAAUGACGUUAAGAUGGCUGCCGAUAUGUUAUGGGACAUCCUUGUGUGGCGGAAAACGAAUAAUGUGAACGAUAUCAAUGAAAACACCAUAAGAAUGGAUUAUGUCAAAGAAGGUGCGUUCUUCCCUCACGGGCGGGACGUUGACGGUAAUUUGCUGCUUAUAAUCAAGUCGAAACAGCAUGUGAAAGGUCAAAAAGACUUUGAGGAUCUUAAGAAAAUAAUUAUAUACUGGUUUGAUCGCGUAGAAAGAGAGGAACAGGGCAAACCCAUCACUCUAUUCUUUGAUAUGGAUGGCUGCGGCCUCGGAAACAUGGAUAUGGAACUUAUAAAGUAUUUAAUUAGUUUGAUGAAGCUGUACUACCCAUAUUUUCUGCAUUAUAUCGUCAUUUUCCAAAUGCCUUGGGUCUUGUCCGCUGCAUUUAAGGUGGUCAAGUCGCUGUUACCAGCCAAAGCUGUUGAUCGUAUGAAACAACAAACUAAAGAUAAUUUGAAGGAUGUUGUGGCCCCUGAGCAGGCGUUGACAUGCUGGGGUGGCAAGGACCCAUAUGUGUUUGAAUUUGUUCCGGAAAACCGAGGUACUAAUGAUGUUCAUACACCGAAAAAGGUAACAUUUGCAGAGCAAGGUGACAACCAGCACUCUCCCGGAGAAAUGCUACGACUCAAUCCCAACGAUACAAUCAUUUUCAAGUGCGAAAAUGAUGAGAUAUCAGGACAAUUCACAAUAACCAAUAUGGAUGAAAGUGCGGUAUCAUUUAAAAUAAGAACUACUUCCCCUGAGAAGUUUCGAGUACGACCCAGCUCUGGUACGCUAGCCACCGGUUCCUCACAAACUGUGCAAAUAGUGGUGCAGCCUGGAUUCCGUACUGUCGCUAAGGACAGAUUCCUGGUCAUGUCCGUACAAAUCCCGAAGCUAGAUGCAACACCAAAGGAGCUCACUGACAUCUGGCAGAAGUCGUCUGGCAGCAAAGUUGACGAAUACAGGCUGAAAUGCUACUUCCCGGAGAAGGAUGUGCCGAAGAAUGGAAGCAUGGUAGACGGUAGGAGUCAGGAUAAGCCCGAUUCAGUUACGAAUGCUUUAAACAACUUGCAGGUAAACUACGAAAUGUUGCACAAACAGGUUAAGAUGCUUAAAAUAUAUCAGUUGUUUACGUUGGUUCUGACAGCCUGCGCUGUUCUGCUUGGAUACCUUGUGUAUAAGAGUUCUAACGACGAUAAGUAUUGUGAGCGUAUGUAGCCCAUAGAAAUAGUGGUAUUAGAUACCACUGUUGAUGUCAAUGUGUUGUUAAACGGUUUCCUAAUGUUUAUAUUGAUAACGAACA